AUGUCCGAGACGACAAGUGUCUCGGGGCCGUCCGGCGCAGGGAGCGGCGACCUGUUUGAAGGAGCGAACAUGCAGGUCUCCGACCUACCGCUUGCGCUCCUCGCUGGCGAGACGCCGCGUGCAUACAGCCGCCGCCUCUACCGGUACACGGAGGAAGACAAGACGUACAGUGGCCGCACUGCGGCGCUGCUCGCCAGCCGCGAGGCGCCGUUCCUGCGCAGUGCGCUCGAGUCGUAUAUCGCGCGGUUCCGGUUUGAGUCGUACCCUUUGGAUAUGGCCCUGCGCCAGUUUCUGGCGUGGGAGCGCCUUCCGACCGAAGCACAGCAGGUCGACCGCAUCCUCGCGGCAUUCGCUGCCGUCUAUGCCGGGCUGCAUCCCGGCAUUAUGGACGAGCACCAGACGUACCUGCUUGCUUUCGCCCUGAUCCUCCUACACACAAGCACGUUUAACCGCAGCGUACGGUCGCCCAUGUCCAAGGCCGACUUUCUGGGCGUCGCGUCGCCGACCGACCUGCCGCGCGCCGUGCUCGAGUACAUGUACGACAAUGUGACGCUCCUCGAGUUUGUGCAUAUGCACGACGAAACACGCCACAAGCGGCGGUCGGCCGUGCGCGAACAGGACGCGGUGUACAAACUGCUCACCACCGGCGACGUCGUCCAGCUGCAGACGGCCGUCGACUGGGAGGCGUGCUUCCAGGUGCCUGCGGUGAGCGCGGCGCAGCUCAUGGACGAAUGCGACGUCCAGGACCUGCACAAGACCGUGUGCCAAUCCCCGAUGAUCGAGCUGCGUGCGCGAAAAAAAAGCGAGGCGACGCACCUUGUCCGCCUGGUGCGGAUGGGCGCCGUGCGCCGCCGCGACGAGCGCACGCGCCGCUGGAGUACGUGGGGCCUCUGCAUCACUGGAUCCGCCUUGCUUUGGUUCCGCAAGGCAGAAGCGGUUCUUGCACUCCAGGCGCAGAUCGCCGGCGCACGCCGGUACCACCGGGACCUGACCUCGUCCAUGCAUCCGGACGACGUGAUGCCGCUCGCCGACCUACUUUGUGUCCAGGACAAGGACACGCUGCGCCUCUGUAGCGCGCGAAAGCGCACCAGGCUCGAGACGAGCGACGCGGCGAUGUGGAUGGCCGAAAUCAACUACAUUGCCAGUCUCGCGAGCUGCGGCCUGGUGUGGGACGACGCGAGUACGAUGCACGACGACGUGCGCUGGGAGUUCCAGCUCCUGCACCAACCCCUCGCCGGUCCUUUGAUCACGGGGCAGGUCUCCUACUGGGCCGCUUCGACGUCCCCGGCAGUAUGGCAAGAGACCCUUGCGGCGGUCGAGCGCCUCUGGAACGAGGCCGAGUGCCGCCGCGCAGACCUCUUUGCCGAGAGCCAGCGCGGCGUGGGCCAUGCACGGCACCUUCGCCUCUUGACGCCGAUGCAGCGCAUGACGCGCGAAAAACUCGAGCAGGCAAGCCACGACCUACUACAUACCCUCACCGCGGCCCAGUGGGAGCUGGCGCGGAUUGCGUGUCGCGUACACGCCUUGGCUGCGGUGCACCAGGCGUUUCAUAGCGAUAUCUAG